GUGUAAACUAUCAACGUCCCCCCAAUUGCAGAACCGCAACUUUACAACGACAUCACUGCUCCACGGCCCGAAACUCGACCGAAGGGUCAAUUUUGGUCCUGUACCGUUGCUAUUAUCAUAUCUCAUGUUAUCAGACACUCGGUGGGCCAAUUGGGCUCCAGUAAACAGCUUGCGACAGCUUCAAACUCGACAUCAUACAUAAACACCAAAAUUCCCCAUCAUGAGGGCCACACAAACCCUCCUCUCAAGAGGCUUCUUCGGCCGUAGUAUGGAUGAGCUCAGGCGGCGUACGCAAAUAGCUGUGAGCUUCGAGGCUAUCAAAGGCGCUACACAGCCCAAGCCUCUUUACGAGUUCAACACCCCCGAUAGCGUUCGCGACUGCAUCAUCAUGACUGACAAGACCAUCGGCGGCUUCUCAGAGAGCAACUUCGACUUCCACAAAUCCACCGACGCCAACAACGACCCCAAGAUACCCUCUGCUUAUGCCCGUUUUCAUGGCAACAUCUCUACUCGCCUCCCCUCCGACCGCCCCAAUAUUCAACGAACUGGCUUUGCUGGCUUCCGGUCUCCGGAUCAAAGGCCAACCGCCUUCGGCCGUUCCAUGUGGGAUAUUGAUCCAUACAUCUACCUCGCCCUGCGUGUCAAGUCGGAUGGCCGCAGUUACUUUGUCAACUUGCAAACCGAGAGUGUCGAACCAUCAGAUUUACAUCAACAUCGAUUAUUCCCCAAACGCCCGGGCCAAUGGGAAACAGUGCUCAUAAAAUGGAACGACUUUGUGAGGACGAAUCACGGUUUUGUGGUGGAACCUCAGACUGAGAUGCUUCGACAGAAGGUCUUGACUGUGGGUAUUGGACUAACAGAUCGUGUUGAUGGUCCAUUCGAGUUGUGUAUCGAGAGAGCGUGGGCCACCAAUGAUCCCAGUGAGGUUGAAGUGGCAGAAGAACCCAAAAUUGAGACUGUGGCACAGGGAGGCCAGCUACGGAACAAGAAGGGCGAAAAAGUACGGUGGUAGACCAACAAGCAUUAUUAGUGUCACAUGGGGCAUGCAGCAUGAUUGCGUGGGUAUUCGUAAAGUUUCAUGUUCUUGGAUAUAAAUCCUCUCUAGGACGGGUUGAGAGACUACCCGUCUCUGUAUAAAUAAACGGUAUAAUGAACUCCCAUAUGUCGUUUCAAGCAAUGCCAAUGAUUCAAAUUUGCCAUUACCAA